UUUUUUUUUUUUUUUUUUUUUUUUUUUCUUAUGAAAACCGGACGCUCCUGGCUUCUGGAAGAUUCAGCUGUUUUGGGGGGUAAAAUGUCUGACGUUCGACUUUCAAACGGAAGCCCGACGUUGGAACGGACGGAGCCCCGGGUUACGGAACACCCGAAGCCGCCAGCCUGCCGAAGCCUCUUCGGCUCGGUGGACCACGAAGAGUUGAAGAGGGAUUUUAAGGGACAUAUGCGGGAGCUGCAGGAGGCUGCGUCCGCCAAGUGGGGCUUCGACUUUGCCAGUGACAAGCCGCUGCCUAACGCCAGGUUCACAUGGGAACUAGUGGACCCCGCUCAGGUCCCGGAUUUCUACGCGCGGCCCCCGCGGAGGGAGAAAGGCGUCUGCCCUGGGAAUAACAAUGUGGAUCUAAACGGGAAUCAUAGCUGCGAUUCGAGCAUGUCGGACGUACUGACGGAGUGUACGGAGCAGUGCACCGGGCUGAGGAAAAGACCGUGUCACGACACCACGGCGCAGAGUAAGAGGUCACGCAGCAGCCCAGAUGAAGUUAGUUGUCCAGCGCUGAGCCACUCUGUUGAACACACACCCAGAAAGUCCAGUCCCAGGAGGCAAACGUGAGGACUAGAAAAACGAGAAGAUGCCCCCUCCCCCUUGUUUUUCCCUAAACGUGGGAGACCUCAGUGUUGGCUUUUUUCUGUUUUUUUUUUUUUCUUUCUCCUUUUGGACGAGGAUCUACGCAGCAUCAGAAACAUAUCAGCUCUCCUGAAGACUGGGGAGGACGCUGUUGAAGCACUGAAUAGAAACACUAAAGUUUUUUGGCACUCAGUUAAAUGUUACUGCCUCUAACAGCAGUCGAUGUAGCAGUGUGCAAUUAGGUUGCAUUUCCUUUUUUGCUCCUUAUUUUUCUUUCCUUUAUUUUUGUUAUUUUUUUUUUACUACCUGUGUAUAUAAAUUAAUAAAUAAAUAUAUAUUGCUCUUCAUAUGUAGCACAUAAUAAACAUUAUUAUUUUUUAAAACAAAUCCUUUAUGCUAAAAGUGUGAAAUUUGAUUUGACUUGAAGAAUUGCAGUGUGUUUGACUUUUUUUUUUUUUUUUUCUUUGCUUUGUUUUUCUGGAAAUGCCGUUCUGCUCGUGCGAAGUUGACACGGUCCCUAAUUGCUACACUUUAAAAAAAAACAAACAAAAAAACAAAAAAAAAACAAAUCAUGGCUUCUUACGGUUUCUUUGCAGCGUGACUUCACUCCGUCAUUUUUCCUAACCUGACAUUGAAGAAUGGUACAAAUGUAGCGCAAUUAAUUUUUAAUUUUGAUUUUUUUCAUUUUGGCCACAAUCUUUAGCUCUUUUAAGAGGAGGAAACUUAAAAAAAAAAAAAAAACAAAUCAGUGAGGAGAUUGUAUUUAUUUUUUGAUUUUUACAGUUGUUUGGAUCCUUCCCCUCCCUGUUGUAGUUCUGCACUCCUCAGGUGCGUCGGACAAGCUGAGAUAUUUUCUGAAGGACAUGCAAACUUGUUGACUCUACCCUGAUGUGCCUUACUGCUUCGCAGAUGGAAGGGUUUUUACUUUAGAAAGCGGUUAUAUCUCCUACAAUACCAAAUACAUGGUUGCUUUUAUGUAGAUGACUUCACAUUGUAUUUCUUUGUGAUAACUCGGACGCUUUAUUAUUAUUUUUUUUCUUCUCUCCCAAUCCCCGCCUCCCUCCUGCCCCGAUAUUUUAAACCUGCUGAGGAUGCAACUGUGAGGAUCUCAAAGCUUCUCCUGUAUUUGACGAAUUAACGGCUCGUCCCACAAAUGCCUGUGUAAUUGUGUAGACAUUUUUUUAUUUUUUUUUUUAUUAUUUUUUUUUUUUGCAAUGUACAUCUGUACAUAUUUUGUAAAAAAAAAAAAAAAUUAAAACAAAAAACACUGAGAAAUUAUACUAACUUAUUUAUGUCAAGAAUUUUUUUUUUUUUUUUUAAUGUAGAGUUUUAAAAAAGAAAAAAGGGUUCUUGAUUACGGUUAUCCAAAGUGGCAUUUACGUUACUAUAAUUGUUUUUAUUUUGUUAAAGCAUAUUUUACUUGGUAGAUUUUUUUUUUCCUUCCCUUAUAAGGUUGCAGACUGAGCCUGUUAUUUGUUGUGCAUUUUUGUAAUGUGUGGAUAAAAAGAUGUUGCAAUCAAUAAAAGAGAAAACUAAAGUUG